GGUUGGAAAUUUCGUGAAAUAUCUGACGACAUAGUGAGCAAAACGCGAAGCGAGAGGAGUGAAAACUUAAAGGAGUUUUACGGAGUUGUUACGAAAAGUGGAAGAUAACAACAGGUGGCAAAAUGGCACGGUUGUCAAGAGUGUGUUUAGCGAUCGUGAGUUAUCUGCUGUUGGCAGUGUUGCCUGCAUUCAGCACCAACACCGAUUUCUCGAGUCAACGGACCUGCGAACCGAUCCGGAUUGAGUUAUGUCGGGGCAUCGGUUACAAUGAAACUUCCCUGCCAAACAUCGUCGGCCAUGAGCUCCAGUCGGAUGCUAACUUUACGCUGCAAACAUUCUUUCCGCUGAUCCAGUUCGGUUGCAGCAAGCAGCUAAAGUUUUUUCUGUGCGCCACCUACGUGCCCAUGUGUACGCCCAAGGUAUCGAUGCCUAUUGGGCCGUGCCGGAGCCUCUGCAAUACGGUGAAGAGUCGGUGUCACCCAAUUCUGCAGGGGUUCGGAUUUCCUUGGCCAUCGGCGCUGGACUGCAAUCGGUUCCCGGAGGAGAAUAACCACGAGCACAUGUGCAUGCAAGGACCGGGCGAGCCGGCAGAAGGCGACGUGCUCGUAUCGGAUCGUCCAUCCUGUCAGGGCCUGCAGCGUUCCAACCUGUACAUUCAGCUGAACAGAUCCGGGCGAUGUGCGCCACUGUGCGAUGCGGACAUCAUGUUCGAGCAGAAUGAGAAACACUUCGCUGAGGUGUGGCUGACCUCGUGGAGUGUGGCCGCGCUAGGGACCGCGAUCGUGGCCACCCUGUGUCUAAUCCUGUCCACCAAGCGGUGGGACAAAAGCCUGAUGCCGCUAGUCAUUAGCCACUGUUUGGUGACGGUCGGUUGGGCUGUGCGGUGGUUGGCAGGGCGCAAUGCUACGGCCUGCGGGUACGAUCCGCAACUUCCGGGCACUGCACUGCUGCUCACGGACGGCCUGUCAACGGCUCCGUGUGCGGCCACGUUCCUGCUGCGGUACUACUUCGGCCUGUCGGCAGCUGUUUGGUGGGCGAUCCUGUGUUUGCGUUGGAGUAAAUCCGUCCGUCGACUGUUGGGUACCGAUCUUGGGUCACCCUCCGAUAUUCACGCGGAGAAACCGAACUCGUCCCACGAUACACUGUUCCAGCUGGCAGCCUGGGGCAUACCGGCGAUCCUCACCGUGAUCGUGCUGGUGGCACGGCUCGUCGACGCAGAUGAACUUUUCGGAUCCUGUUUCAUCGGAAACCAAUCCGACAAAGCACUGCUAACGUUCGUGAUUGUGCCACUGCUGUCGAGCUGGGUGAUUGGUUCGGGGUACCUUUUCACCGCCUACCUGCGGAAGCGUUCGGCUGCACCACCCCUAGUACAUAACCUGCCCGUCCACAUACACGGUAUGGGCAAGUUCCUGUUUAUCUACACCGUCCCGAGUGCGGCCCUGUUGAUGCUGAUGUUCUACGAGUACGCGUGCCGGGAAAACUGGCUGCACCUACCACAUCCGUCCCAGGACUCGGUACUGCCGCCACGGGCACCGCUGUGGCCGUUCUUGUUGCGUGCCUUCAUUGAGCUGCUGGUGGGAGUGCUCGCGUCGGCCUGGGCUGUUGGGCCCCGAAUCGUGGGCCUGUGCCGCGGUGGUGAUGGUACUGGAAGUGGAGGUGUCGGCGGCAAUGUGGGUGUCGGUGGACGGGGUGGUGCGGGUAAAUUGUCAGCCGGGUCCGUCUACAAGCAGCCGGUCGGUCCGAAGCUGGGUGGGUUUGCGGGAGCACCUUCCACCUACUCGACGGCUUCGUACCAGACCGUUUGUCCCCAGAACUCGCUCGUAUCGGUGUCGAUCGGGAAGCUACCAUCGGUACGGCACGCACGAAAGUAUCCUUCCCAUUCGCACAUCAACCGAAAACCACGCAGCUACAAAAUGUCAACGCAAACGAUCAGUCUUACCGGCAACGAGACAGUUCUGUGAGGUGGUGUAGAAAUGGAAAAGAUGAUAGGAGAGGAAGAAAAAAGAACCUUUAUAAACACGCCAUGGUGACAGAGACGGGAAAAAGAUGGGUGUGUAAAGUUGUGAUAUUAAUAUUAAACUAUUAAAUUAUUAAAAAUGCUAAACCUCCACCUUCGGUACAGGAUUUGGCUUCAAACGAAUAAAGCAAAACACUGGGAGGGCGUAACUGUAAAGAAGAGAGUAGUAGUAGUAGAAAGUAUUACCAGUAAACCGCGUAAAGAGACGAAGACGCUAGGGAAAACCUUACGAAAUAGUAAAUGAAGUAAUUGCCUGCUUGAAAUUACUUAAAAGAAACCAAGCCUGCUAGCGUUUAGCGUAGUACACAAAGAAAAACGGAAAUGAUCACACGAUCAUUUUAGUGUCGUUUUUGCGAAAUGAGAAACGUUUAACGUAGUGAUGCAGUCUAGAACGUACACGAGACCGAGGGUCUUGUUGGACCCUUUUGCAUAUCGGUCACACUUUACGAUCAUGUGAUGAGCGUUUGUACAAUGUCCAGGUUGCAUUCUUUUAUGUCUGCUGUAAUUUAGUAGGUUGGAUGUUAACGCUCAACGAACGCAUCCUCACGCCCCACCAAUUCCAGCGUCAUCCUUGAUUUGCGGUUCAUUUUAAGGUUCAUGAAAUAAAUUUCAUGUUAAGCAAAAGAUGUACCACAGGAUAAUCACUCGAGGGUUGGUCGUUUGUUGGUAACUUUUGCACCCAAGUCGCCAGACGGGCAAGUUGCACACAUCUUUUCGGCUCCGGUAAAUAACAAAAAGCAGUUGCAGCGUUCGAAACUCCGCAACGGCUUGCUCAACGGUGUCGUUUUGGUUAAUGGUUCGCCAAAAUAUGAUGCCCGCGGGAAAUAGCAUGCCUCCUGAAUGCAAAACAAGUUUUGUGCACGCCGGCACGUGAACACUCUGUGCCUGUGUGUGUCGUUUUUCUUUGCUUUUCUUUGCGCCGUACGGUGCCCGUGUCGUGUCCCGUGGUGCAUACGGAAAACGGCAAGUGCAGGGCGAUAAUAAUUUAGUGUUUUGUGGCAAUUUUCUCUUCGUCGCGAUCGUGGCGUCAACAUCGUCGAUCAUACGGUGAUGGUUUCGGGUGUAUUUGGCGGUUGUGGGCACUUUGCUUUUAGCACCAUGUGCGCGGUCGGUUACCAGUUUGGUGCGUUGAUGAUGGUUUUGCUCGCAAAAAUGCAAUCGAUUUUUGAUUGGAUUUUUUCCCCACUUAUGCUGCGUCGCAUGUUUUGGAACAUGCUCCGACAGACGCAAACACCCUUUCGCCGAUUUAUGCAACCUUCAAUGCGAAUCCAGUUUUCUGGCUCGGUUUGCUUACAUUCUCGUGUGUGUGUGCCUGUAUGUUUAAGUUGUGUUGUUUUUUUAUUGGGGAGUUUUGUCUUACCGUAUAAAAAUAACAACAUAAAACAAGAAGCCAUUUGUUUGGAAGCAAUUCGAUCACCACGGUGACGGUAACAUGAUCGUGAAAACUGUUCUUUACGAGGUGCUGAAGUGUGGUGAAGCCGUUAGUCUGUUUUUGUUUCUUUGCUCCUUAAAAAAAAUGCUCCGGCGAACAUUUAGCGUUCGUAAAAACGUCCUUUCAAUUGAGAAUAUGAGAAAAGGAUUAAAGAAAACAAGAUCAGGCAAUGAGCUGCAAACCGAGAAUGCACUUUCGACCACAGGAAAUGCUUACGUGUGAAAGUGUGAUAGUUUUUUUUUUGGUUUUGCGGAAGAUAAAAGCAGAGGGAAGAAAAUCAAUUUUCGGUGGUCAUUUUCGAUAACGAACAGCCGAUGAUAAUGUGUGGCUAUGAGCAUAACCAGAGUGUUGUUUUUUUUUGUUCCCAAUUCUAUUUAAAAUGAGUCGAAGGUAUUUAAGCCAAGCUUGCAAAGGAGGGGUUAUUCUAAAGAGUUAUCUUAUAAGAUGCCGUUUAACAGACAGGUAGUCAGAUUUUUGUCUGGGUGUGCAAAUGCUUGCUUUCGAUACAAACUUUAACGAAUUGCCACAAACGUGAGCGUCGUUUAUUUCGCAAAAACAAAUAAUAGUAUUUAAGGAUUGUGUGAAGAACAUGAACAGGUUUGGCAAAGAAGAACAACGCCUAAGUGGUAUCGUCUCGUAACGAGAUUGAAAUAUUUAUUAGCGGCAGUUGACUAUGUAGAAUCCCUUGGUUUUUCAUUGUUUCGUGUAGUUGUAAGGCUUUCCCGCACCUUGCACUGUCCCAACGCAGGGACAAUGCAUGGUGCCCUGUGCCAUUGCGAUUUUGUUCGUAAAAAUGCAAGGAUUCCGCGGGUACUACGUCCACGGUGUUUAUCUAGUUGUCUCAAACUCCAGAGUAGCAUAUCAUUCAAUCCGGGUUAACAGAGAAUCCGGUAAGAACGAUACAAAACGUAAAAGAAGCCUUGGAGUGUGUUGAGAACAGUACUGAAUAAAGUUAAUGAAAUGCUGACAGUGUUAGAAACGUGACGGUAGUCUGUGCCUGUACAAUGUUAGCCUGUAGCGUUUGCAAUCAUACUAAUUCGUUUGUAAGUUGAAGAAAGAAGUGUUAGAUGUACGAUACGUAUUUGUGUAUGUAAAAAGUCAAGCUUAAGAAAUUUA